AUGGGUGCACAGGGCGUCAGAGGGCUGCACCUCUUUGCUCUGGGUUACGCUGCUUCUGACACUAUCAUGACGCUCUUCAGAAUAGUCAAGAACUACGACAUGCCAGAGUUUCUGAAGCUGGAGUUUAUACGAGUGAGUCGCCUCUCUUUUGCCAGUGCAAGAAUAGUCAAGAACUAUGACAUGCCAGAGUUUCUGAAUCUGGAGUUUAUACGAGUGAGUCGCCUCUCUUUUGCCAGUGCAAGAAUAGUCAAGAACUACGACAUGCCCGAGUUUCUGAAGCUGGAGUUCAUCAGGGGACUCACCGCGAAGAUUCCUGACGCGCUCUUCAGCAAGCGAUGCGGCGCGUGCUUCAAGGUGAUCUGCAGCAACGACACGAAGCGCUGCCGCAGCGGCAAGGCCACCGUCACCGUCCGCGUCGUCGGCGCCACCAAGACGGAGGGGAAGCAGAUUUCGCUCUCCGCCGUCUCAUGGGCGAAAAUCGUGCAGGGUUCGGAAACUGCCCCUGUGAACAUCACGUACAAGCGCACCAACUGCGUUUCCACCGCCGGAUCGGCGGUGCGCGUGCGCAGCAACUCCACCGCGGAGCAUUUUAACAUUCAGAUGGUCGGCCUUGCCGGGCCCGGCACGCUUACCGAGGUAGAGCUUAGCGCGGACGGCAAAAAGUGGGUGAAGCUGACCCGCGACGGAAACAAGGCGAUUUGGGGGAUCAAGGGCAAGGAGGCGAAGGCGGUUGUGGGCGCGAAGAAGGCUAUGAGCGUUCGCCUCACUGCGGGACACACCAGGGAGAAGAUCACCCUCGCGAAUGUCAUUCCCACCGCCUGGAAGCCUCAAACGCUCUACUCGUCCAAGACCAACUUCAAGAAACUCAUGGCUGAGGCCAAGUAG